UGUUAAAUAAGGCAAGAAACUUUGUGGCUAGACCUGUACUCUGUAUUCCUGGCAAUCUCAGGCAAAAUAUCUGCUACAAAUAUCCGAAGACAGUUGCAAUGGAAAAGAGAAUUUUGUGGGUUGCUUUUCUUGCGCUUUACUUCUCAUGGACGGUUGCAAAUGCCAGGAAAAUUGUAAUCUUUGAGCAUUCUGGGCCACUGAUGAUAACACAAGAAAUUUCUGAUGUGGGAGAUAGUAUCUUAGUUAGGGAGGAUUUGCAUGGAGUAGUUUUGAGCGAAGAUGUGCAAGAACUACUGCCCAGGAUUGCGAUUUUAAAAGAGAGACUUGCUGAAGGUCUGUUGAAAAUGUCACUACUUGCACCCUACAUAUCUGGAUUCCCUUUGAGGGAUACAAUUUCUAGAAGUGGUGAAACUCUUGCCUUCCAGAGGGCUCCAUCUCAAUUAGUUUGUAAUGCAUGCGUAGAGCUUUCCAAGCAAGCUGAACAAGUCUUAUCAGACCCAGAGACAUUGGAGAAUAUUGAGGAACUUGCCAGAAGCAUAUGCACAGCACUGCCAUCCAAUUUUAGUGCACAGUGUGAUGAAAUGUCAAAGACGUAUAUAGAAGAGACAAUUGCAAUGUUGCAAGAUUAUCUUAGCAAAGACAAGCUUUGCAUUAGUACAGGACUUUGUACUGGAGACGGCAACAUUGAUUCAGGUAUAAAAGUAAGCAGAAACGACGAGAUUUCGCCAUUUGAUGUAGGUGACAAUACCACUUGUGCAGUUUGUGAACAAUUUAUAGAAGAGACAAUUAAUUAUGCCAACGAGAAUAAAACUCAAUCAGAGGUCAUUUCUUUGUUGCACCAGACAUGUUCAAAGCUGAAAAUUUUCAGUACUGAGUGUGAUUCACUGGUUGACUACUAUGCUUCACUUCUUUUUAUGGAGAUUGGAACUGUUAAUGCAAAAGAGUUUUGUCAAAAGAUGAGUUUUUGUGGGGGUUCAGCUUCUCUUUUUCUGAAGGAACAGCAGAACUGUGAUCUUUGCCGAGCUGCAAUUUCUGAAAUUAAGUCAGAGUUAGAAGACCCUGAAACCAAGAUGAAAGUGAUUGAGAUAAUGCUUGACAGUUGCAAACGGGUGCCAGCUUAUGCAAAAGAAUGUAAGAAACUUGUCUUUGAAUAUGGGCCUAUCAUCUUGACAAACAUGGAGAAAUAUCUAGAUUCAAAUGACAUAUGUUCUGAAAUUCAUGUUUGUGAACCUCUUGCUGGGAAGGUCGAAAGCAAUAUGGAAUUCAGUUCAUUUCCAGUCAUUGAGUUGCCAUCAUCGGAUUUUUCCAACAAUGCAAAUUCAAAGUAAAUUGAGCUUUUGAAAUGUUGCAUUACACCACACAUGUAGGUCUAGAGAGUGCAUGGGAAUAUUGUUCUAUGAUGAAGACAAUAUGUACUUAUAUAUGGUAUUUCAGAGGUUCACUAGAUGAUAUAUUUUCCCUUAGAAUCUUUAAGUUAUCGAUAGCAAGAAGUGUACAAAUUGCUGAACAUUGGAUGUUGGGUGUGGGAGGACAAAGAUUAAAUUGUUUGUGUUUGUAAAGUCAUCUGUAUUAUGGUGUUCUUGUGAAAUUAUGGACAUAUAUGUGUUGAUUGGCUAAGAACUUUGGAUAUUUGAUGUCUUUUUCUUUCAAUUGUAUCAGCUACAUGGCAUAACAAUGGGAAUUGGAAUGGUACAUAUUACCCGAUUCCUGAUUCGAAGUAAUGAAUUGAUUGUUCAUGAA